AAUAGACGCGCUUCGGUCUGCUUCGAUUAUCUAAAGGAGCUACGGAGCUACCCUUGCUCUUCAUCGAAAUAAUACCAACACUCCUUGGUAAUCUUCAAAGCUCAUCAGGAUGGCUGGACGUGGUAGGGGUGGAGGAAGGGCGAGAGGAAGAGGAGGAUUUGGCGGCUCAAGGGAACCACCACCGAUGGGUUUGGCAUUCGCAGACAUUCAGGCCAUGUCUCGAGAGCAAACUGCGCUUUAUCCACCCAUGCGUCCACCUGUUCUUACAGAAUACAGUGAUAGAGAACGGAAAAUCACUCAAUUUCAAAUCGAUUUCGCCCAUCGACUCCGUGCAUCCCCCUACUACGUUGUCGAAACGACCAAGAGUACAGAACUACCGCGUUAUUCAGACAAAUACCGGCCAUCAGUUGCAGCAAGGCCGAAGCUUAGGCGUCAAGAUCUCCACCCACCUUUCUUUCCAACUGAAAUUCUCGAAGAUUACUUUAACCCCAAGAGAAUAAAAACCCGUAAAUUGGCUGUUAAGAAGAAUCGCGUCAACCUUGAUAACAUGGCAGACGAUGAAAAUGAACAAACCAAGUCAGAAGACGAGGUGUCCGACGGCACGCAAGCACCUGCGUCAGAUUACGAUGCAGAGGAAGAAUACGACAAUGACUACGCCUACAACUACUUCGAUAACGGAGAAGGGGACGAUAUGGAUAAUCUAGGUGAUGGAGGUGGCGGAGACGAAGGCGGAGGGGACUAUGACUAGUCGCGCGCCGUGUUCUGACUAUUUAAGAGCCGGUUCCCUUGACGCCUUUCAAAGCAAUGCGACAUUGAACCCAGACGCUCCGGGGGGUGGCGCCUUUUACUGUUUUUGCUUUGUUCAAUCUUCAAAAGUAGAUCGUUCGCCAGCUAAUUUUUAACCUACAAGGACGCGCAAUUUACCAAUGUGAUCGUGCCACGUUGUGCCUAGCAUU